GAUUUUGAGCGAUCAAACCGGUGCUCGAGUUUUCAACGACAAAGAGAGAGGGAGAGAGGGUUUGUUAGGCAAAACCGAUUUGAUUGCAAAUUUUCAAAUGCUCCCUUGAUUUUGAUCUAAUUUGGUGUUCCAGAUUCUGGAUCGUUGCUUGAAAUUCAAAUAUAGUUGAGUUGAUUAGUAAGGAGGAGGAUGGUGCUGGUUUUAGCCUUGGGAGAUCUUCACAUCCCACAUAGGGCUGCUGAUCUUCCUGCAAAGUUUAAGUCUAUGCUUGUUCCUGGAAAGAUCCAACAUGUCAUCUGUACUGGUAACCUAUGCAUUAAAGAGGUUCAUGAUUACUUAAAGACUCUUUGUCCUGACUUGCAUAUUACUAGAGGUGAGUAUGACGAGGAUACACGUUACCCUGAGACUAAGACUCUAACGAUUGGUCAAUUUAAGCUUGGAUUAUGCCACGGCCACCAGGUUAUUCCAUGGGGUGACUUGGACUCAUUAGCUAUGCUUCAAAGGCAAUUGGAUGUAGACAUACUUGUGACUGGACACACCCAUCAGUUCACAGCUUACAAACAUGAAGCAGGAGUUGUAAUAAAUCCAGGAUCUGCUACUGGUGCCUACAGUAGCAUCACAUAUGAUGUUAACCCUAGCUUUGUUCUCAUGGACAUUGAUGCCCUGCGUGUUGUGGUCUACGUUUAUGAACUCAUUGAUGGAGAAGUCAAAGUUGACAAGAUUGAUUUCAAGAAGACAACAACACAGAGUGCUAAUUGAGUAGAA